AUGCAGCAUAUCAAGGCAUUUGGAUUGGCAGCUGCCCUCAGCGCCCCUGCGAUCGCAAUUCCAGCAGACAUCAAGGCGCGCGUGGAAGAGGGUGAAGGGGUGCCGUUCUUCGAUGAGCGCUUUGAUUGUCGGGAGGAUGGAGGGGCCUGGAGCACUUACCGGGAACUCGUCGAGUAUGGGCGACAGGGAGUUUUUGACCCGAGCCAAGGGGCUGACUUGGCCAGAGAGCUUCUGCUCUCCCUGGCGGAGCGAACCGCCAACGUGUCAUUGAUUCUGCAGUGCAACGUUGGUGUCAUCGCGGGGUAUCAUCUGCUGGCGCGUAGGUACGUGGCAGCUGGGGAUGACUGGCGGGCGUAUCGCCUACUGCAGCUUGCUCUGAUUUAUGUUUUCACCCUGCGGAACGCGCUGAGAGUACCGGAGCUGGCCGCUAGAGACUGGGCCACGCGCACUGACCGCAUUGUCUCAGAGAUAAAAAUCCUCAAAGAGCGCCUCAACCAGGAGCAGCAGCGGCGCUUUCUGAGACUUCCGCAGGUUGAUCCAACUACGCGUGUCAAUGGUUUGCGCAUCGCCAUCGUCUCGAUCUGUGCCUACCCUCCUGAUCAUAAGCUGGUUCUUCGCAACAUUACGCCAGAGAAUCGGCAGGCAUACGGGAAUGUUCACGGCUACGACGUGCAUGUGCACUAUGAGCACCCCAUGCCUGGAGCAGGUGUGCACAUUCAGCACUCCAAGCUGCAGCUCGUUGCUGACUAUCUCCGGUCAGGGCGCUAUGAUUGGGUGGCGUGGUUUGACUGCGACUCCAUCAUCAUGAACCUGAAUCGCACGCUGGAUUCCGUCAUUUUGCGGUACGCUCGACGAGAUGCAAGGUUCGCUCCGGAUGCAGACCAGCAAAGGGAGGAGGAGCAGGCAGAACUGGAAGGCGGCAGCCCGUCGCAGUCUUAUGACACAUUUGGGGCCACCCAUGAUCAUGAGGAGCCGCGCGAGGAUGAGGUUCUGGAGACAUUUGUUGGCCAUGUGGGCAGCUGCAAUAGCGAUGCAGGGUGCAACCUGUCCACCAGCAUUCGGGUGAAUCCCCGGGUGCGUUAUGUGGCCACACUGCGAGCAGCGCUAAUUGACAUGGAGCAGGACAGCGAAAAGCUCUCGUCUGUGGUUCUCGGCGGUCAGAGCUUGGGUGAGUGCAACCCACAUCCGGAUAAUGAUUUUGACUGCCGGCUGCACAACUGCUUCACGGAUAUUGAGAUUCCGGAUUCGGCAGUCGCCACUGGAAGAGUCACUUUGGAAGCUCAGGCAGUACGCACCCACAAUGACUGCCACUGCAGCCGGAUACACGGCAUCUGCUACUCCGCUGCGCUGGCGGCGUUCGAGGAGGCCACGGAUGGCGACAAGGUCACAGAUCCCCGGUACGGCGCCUUCCUGGUGCUGACCCUGACUCCAGCACCCAACUCCACCUCAGUGCCGAGGCAGCCUGAGGAGGAGCAGGUGCAGGAUGCAGGCAGCGGUUGCAGCUGCAAGACUGGCGCCACGUUCUGCCAGCGCACCCUUCCCGUACCGCCGCCGCCGCCUAAAACGCAGCCAGUGGCGCUGCGCAGGAGGGCUGCUGAAUGUACUGGGCCGGAUGUCCUGCUGGGUAUCUCUGUGUCCCUGCCGCUGUGCUUGCAGCUGUGUCGCGAAGUGCAUGGCUGCCGAUUCGUGGCAUAUGGGGUUGGCCGAAAGCGUGGGCAAUGCCACUGGGAAGUGAGCGAUUGCCUGGAGUUUGAAGACGAUUUCUACGUGGUCUACGAUGUGACGCCCACCUUGAGCACUCCGCAUUUGUCCCCAGCUGCGCACUUGGGCUGCUCGAGCCGAUGCAGCUUAUUUGGCGCAGAGGAUGACAAGCCAAGGCUACCAGAUGAAGGAGUGGACCUUCUAAUCACUGAAGAAGGAUGGGGCCUGAGUUCCGCAAACUGGGUGAUACGUCGGAGCAAGUGGAGCAUUGAUUUCCUGGAGCGUGCCUUCAGCCUUUGCCAUGUGGACAUGCCGCUCUUUGGCGAUCAGGAUGCCAUGAUCCACUUGCUGCUCAAUCAGCGUGCCUUGUCCAUUGAGGCGACUGGUGACCCACUGGACCCUCACGCAGUCAUUGUGCCCCAGCGAGAGCUGAAUGCCUACGACGUGAGCACGCCACUGGCACGACAUGAAGCGAACGAUUUUGCAGCCGUUCAAUCCUCAAAGCCGCAGUGGCAAAACAGCGGCAGGGCACCGCGGCUCCCGGCUCCUGCAUUGCUGGAAUGCCCUUUGGUACUUCUUGCUACGCGGGCAGCCUCAGCACUUGCAAAUGGAAGGCUUGCUCGACGGCGCUGUGCAGGUGGAAGGCGAAGAGCCUUCCAGAUUCGACAACUGGGCUCCAGCGAGCUUCAAGUCACGGAGCCGUGCCUGGGGACUAUGACCUGGGGAGUCCAGAACUCUGAGAAAGAGGCGCACGAGCAGCUGGAUUACGCUGUCAAGGAGCGCGGCGUGAACUUCAUUGACACGGCGGAGAUGUACCCCGUGCCGAACUUUGACCCAAAGUGGUGUCCAGGCCGCACGGAGGAGUACAUCGGAUCCUGGGUAAAGCAGAAUGCUGAAUGGCGCGACAAGGUGGUGCUGGCAUCGAAAGUUGUCGGCUUUUGGCCGAAGAGCAGGGCAGCGGCGCGGAGAGAGCUGCCAGAGGGUGAUCCAGAGAGCUUUCCCGAUGGACGCACCGAUGCAAAAUCCAUAAAGCAAGCAUGCGAUGCCUCACUGCGGCGGCUUCAAACCGACUGUAUCGACUUGUACCAAAUCCACUGGCCAGAUCGGUAUGUCCCACUCUUUGGCGGCACGGUGUAUAAGCCUGACCUCGAGAGAGAGGCAGUGUCAAUCGAGGAGACGGCCGCAGCGCUGAAAGACCUCUUGGAGGAGGGCAAGAUCAAAGCCUAUGGUGUGUCUAAUGAGACGACUUUUGGAAUCUGCGAGUGGGCGCGUGCGGCCACAAAACUCGAUAUGCCCAUGCCAGCAAGCAUCCAGAAUGCCUGUUCUUUGGUUGUCCGCUUGUUUGAGUACGAGCUUGCCGAAGCCUGUGCGGUGUCAAAUCUGAACGUUGGCUUGCUGGCGUACUCUAUCUUGGCUGGAGGCUCGCUCAGUGGAAAGUACCGAGGUGGCAAAGCUCCAGAGAAUUGCCGCCACACGAAGUUCCCAAAUUUCAUGUCCAGGUGGUCCACUGCCAAGGGUAUACCGCAGCUGGAGGAGGCGAUUGAGGCUUACGCAGGCAUCGCGGAGGACCUCAAGAUGUCCCUAACUGAACUCUCAACACGCUGGUGCCGCUCUCGCCCAUACUGCGGCCACGGCUCAGUGAUCAUCGGGGCAACAUCGAUGGAUCAGCUCAAGGAGAACCUCGAUGCAUUUGAGGGCCAGCCUGGCUUGUCGGAGGAGGUGCUCGAGAAGAUCGACGAGGUCCACCUGGGGCGUCGCAAUCCAGGAACUUUCUUGUAA